AAUCUCAAAUUAAUCUGUCAAUUUGUUUUUUGUUGUUUUUAUUUUAUCUGUCUUCAGUUUUCACAAUAUUUCCUCUCGAAUUCACUUCUGAAUAGUUUUUACAAUAUUCAGUAUUAUUGUACAAUUGGCACUUUAGACUUGGAUCCAAUCACUUUAGGUGGAUAACAAAAUGACAUCAGUAGUCAAGGAGGCCGAUAACAGCCUAGUACUAGAGCCAGAGUGCAGCAGUGCAUGGUCGCCAAUCGAUAAUGAUCAUAAUGACCACCAAUAUUCAAAUAGGUUUUGUCAAAUAUUCGUCAAAGAAGAGGUUCAAGUUGAGGAUAAUGGAGAAUUAUCAGCGAAAGUAGACUGCAAUGCAGAGAAGGGCAAACUAGAUAUGAGAGCUCCUACAAGCAGUACAUCUUCACCUGCAAAUACAACACAAGUAGAUGGUGACAAUGCACUUCUAAUACCUCGUGCUGCUGUGGAGAAAUCUAUGACUGACAAAAAGACUAAGCUCUACAGCUGUGCCCACUGUAGCUUCAAAACUCCCUGGCCCCUAAGUCUUAAAAUACACGUGAGACGACACAAUGGAGAAAAGCCUUUCAGCUGCGAAUUUUGUGACCAUAGAUCUGCUUGUCCAAGUGAUUUGAGAAGACAUAUUAGAACUCAUACAGGCGAGAAACCAUUUAGUUGUGAGUUUUGUGACUACACAUGUGCUCGUUUAAGUAGUUUGAAAAAACAUCUCAAAACACCUACUGGUGAAAAGCAUUUCACAUGUACAUUCUGCGACUUUACAAUUGCUUGUUCAGCUGGUUUAAAAAUUCAUCUUUUAACACAUUCAAAUGAAAACCCAUUUCACUGCGAUUUUUGUGACUAUUCAUGUGCUUCUUCAAUUGAUUUGAAAAAACAUCUCAAACAGUGUAGGCCUUCUGCCGCGUCUGUGACUGACGGGAAGAUUAAACUCCACAGCUCUACAGAGAAAGAAGACUGCAGUACAGUGAAGAGCAAACUGGAUAUCAGUGCUAUAUGCAGCACAACUUCACCUGCAAAUCCAACAGAAAUAGGUGGUCUAAUCAGCAAAGAUGCAAAUCCUAUAGCUCCUGUUCCGGUUGAUGAGUGUAAUGAGGCGUCUGUGGCUGACAAAAACAAUAAGCUCCUCUGCUGCACCCAUUGUAGCUUCAAAACUAGCCGGGCCUCAAGUCUUAGAAUACAUGUAAGAAGGCACACUGGUCAUAAGCCUUUCAGCUGCAACAUUUGUAAUUAUAGAUCUGCUUGUUCAAGUGAUUUGAGAAGACAUAUUAGAACUCAUACAGGCGAGAAACCUUUCAUUUGUGAAUACUGCGGCUUCUCAUGUACACGUUUCAGUAGUUUGAAAAGACAUAUCAGAAAACAUAUUAUGAAAACUUUCAGCUGCAAAUUUUGUGAUUUUACAUGCGAUCGUUCAGCUAGUUUGAAAAGUCAUCUACUAACACAUUCCGAAAAAAACACAUUCCAUUGCGAAUUGUGUAACUAUACAUGUGCUUCUUCAAAUUAUUUGGAACGACAUAUCAAAACACAUACUGGUGAAAAUCCUUACAGUUGUGAGAUCUGCGGCAAUUCAUACGCUCGUUCCAGUUGUCUGAGACGACAUCUCAAAAAGUGUAGGCCUGCUGAGGCAUCUGUAGCUGACGGGGAGACUAAGAGCAAGCUGGAGAUAAAUCCUACUACAUGCAAAGCAUCAUCACCUGCAAAUGCAACGGUAGCAGGUGGACUAAUCAGCAAUGAUGCUCAUUCAAUAACUCCUGUUCUUGUAGAAGAGUGUACUGAGGCGUCUGUGGCUGGCGAAAGGACUAAGCUCUACAGCUGUGCUCACUGUAGCUUCAAAACGCCCUGGUCCCUUAGUCUUAAAAUACAUGUGAGAGAGCACACUAGAGAGUGUGCUGAUGUGCCUGUGCCUAACAAAAAGACUAAGAGCAAACUGGAGAUACAUCCUUCUACAUGCACAACAUCUGCACCUACAAAUACAAUAGAAGAAGAUGAAAACAUGAGCAAUGAUGCAUGUCCAAUAUCUCCGGUCCCUGUGGAAAAAGAAGAGUGUAAUGAUACUUGUGUGGCUGACUCAAAGACUAAGCUCUAUAGCUGCAGCCAUUGUGGCUUCAAAACUCCCUGGUCCCUAAGUCUUAAAAUACACAUAAGACGACACACUGGUGAUAAACCUUUCAGCUGCGAAAUUUGUGACCAUAGAUUUGCUUGUCCAAGUGAUUUGAGAAGACAUAUUAGAACUCAUACAGGCGAAAAACCUUUUAGUUGUGAGUUUUGUGACUACAAAUGUGCUCGUUUAAGUAGUUUGAAAAAACAUCUCAGAACACCUACUGGUAAAAAACAUUUCACAUGUACAUCUUGUGACUUUACAAUUGCUUGUUCAGCUGGUUUUAAAAAUUCAUCUUUUAACACAUUCAAAUGAAAAACCAUUCCACUGUGACUUUUGCGACUAUUCAUUUGCUUCAGCAGGUGAUUUGAAAAAACAUCUUAAAAAUUGUACUAAUGCAUCUGAGACCAGCAAUAAGACUGAUCUAUACAGCUGUGCUCAUUGUAGCUUCAAAACCCCUCAUCACACAAGUCUUAAAAUACAUGUAAGAAGACAUACUGGAUUCAAGCCUUACACCUGCAAAUUUUGUGACUAUAGAUCUGCUUGUCCAAGUGAUUUUAGAAGACAUAUUAGAACUCAUACAGGCGAGAAACCAUUUAUUUGUGAGAUCUGCGGCUAUUCAUGUGCUCGUUCAAGUAGUUUGAAAAACCAUAUUAAAAAACAUACUGAGUGAAGAACUUUUCAGGUGAGAAUUUUCGGACAUUACCUAAGUUUGUUUGUUGACCUAUUUUCACAAUAAAUAAAUCUUCAAUCACAUUCAGAAAUGAAUUAUAACAUUUUGAAUUUUGUUAUUUUACAACUUGCUUUCAUUAGUUUCAAUCCGUACAUUAUUACACUUAUACUGGUGAUGAAAAUUUCCGUUUUCAAUUUGUGAAAUAAAUAUACAAAAGAAAAAACUUAAUCCA